AAAAGGUUGAUUAUCUGAUUCAGACCCAAGUCUGGAAUAAACCGUAUGAAAUCGUUUAAAAACGUAUUAUUAUUCUAACCUGCCUAAAACCUGAAUGACACUAGGAACUUCGAUUGUUUCUCUGCCAUAACAACAGGUUGUAGUUCGCGCGAAACAAAAGGACCUUUCAAUAUUUGUAGGAACUACCAGUUCGUCAGCGCUCGAAAAUACAAGCGUGUCGAGCAGGAAUUUGAAGGAAAGCGACAUGUGAAAGGAUUCUUUAUGUUAUAUAGAAGGACUGUAAAGAUUUUAUGAUAGUUAGCCACACAAAGAAUGAAGACGGUUGCCAGGCAGGGAUUGCUGUUAGUCCUGUUUCUACUAGCUACUUCGCACUCACUGAAAAUCCCAGAUUUUAUGGAAGAUGAACUAUUCGAUCCAUCUGAUAUAAAAUAUAACACAGACAAGGCUGGAGAUGGCGAUGACGAAAUGCCGGACGACACGUCGGCGAGCGCUGAGGAAGACGCGGAGAUGAUGGAAACCGUUGAUUCCUCGAACCACGAUGAAGACGAUGGCAUGGACGAUGAAGGGAAAGAUAAAAAGACUGUCAGUAAAUCAAAAAUACAGCACAACUCAAGCAAGAGCAAAGCAGAGAGCAAAGAGAACGAUAAAAUGGAAGACGAAGAAGAUGGCAAUGAAGACAAGGAAGAGGAUGUUCCAGAAGAUAAAGGCGAGGCAGUUGAAGAAAAGAAGGACGGAAAGGAAGACGAUGAAGAGAAUAAGAAUGAUGAAGGAAAAGAAAGCUCGAAUGAAGUUCCUCUCACAAAAAAAGAGGACGAUAGCAGCAAGCAAGUUGCAAAAGCAGCAGUGAUGGAAGAGUCGAAAGAAAAAAUUGAGGAAACAGACAAAGAUGAAAUCGAAAAUCAAACCAACGAUUCCCCUAAAGCUAAGAAAACGCCUUCUAGUGAUGAAGAAAAGGACACUAAUCCUAGCGAGACUGGAAUUGAAAAGGAUGAUGACAGCAAGACCUCGGAGGGAACAAACGGCAAGGGAAAAGCUAAUGCAAAUGGUGAGAUAGAUCAGAAUGCUGUCCAAGAAGAGUCUAAGUCGAAUGACAACAAUAAAAAAGAGGAGAAGGACAUCAAAACUGCCGAUGACAAGGCUGACGAAGGAACAAGAAAUGAACCAAUUAAGACAACCAAUGAAAACACGGUUGGAGAAGACAGUAAAACUCCACCACCGGCUUCCCCAACUACGCCAACAAAUAAUCACAGUGACGAUAAAAUAGAGCCCGUUAAAAGUAGCGACGAUAAAAUUGGAGAAAACGAGAAAGUGGAACCAACAUUAGCCGGUGAGAACUCCGCAAAAGUAGAAACAGGACAGUUAAAACGAACGGAAGAAGAUAGUACCGGAAAAGGAAACACAAAACAAGACGACAGCGACAACAACGACGACAAUAAAAACAACAACAAUAAAAAUAAUGAUAACGAAAACAAAAGCGAAAACAAAAACAAGAAGGACAGUGACAGCAACGAUACUAACAAAGACAAAUUUCAGACUGAUCAAAAGGAUGAAAAGAUAGACACAGACAAACCAGAGAUACAAACUGAUUAUAAGACGUUAAAAGACGGAACUAAUGACGACAAAACGACUGAAGAGCUUGACAACGAUACCAAAGAACUCCAAAGUCCGAAAACAGAGACAUCUACAGAAAGCAAAGUUGCUAAUACGCCAGAAACUACAAAAAGCGACAGCGAAAGCGACCAACUCGAAAAUAACGAUGACAAAAAUGACAAAACGCAAAACAAAGAUGAGCUGCAACAAGCAACAAACGAUAAGACUGACAACAAAGACACGCUAGGAGAGGCUGAAAAACCAAUUGCAAAGCAUCAGAACAAUGAAGACUCCAACCAACUACAACAAACAGCAAGCAACGACAAUGACAAGAACGGUAACUCUAAAGAAAAACAAAACACAGAAAGUUCUAAAACGUCUGAAAAAGACUUAGACAGCAACAAACCAAGUAUUGAGAAAUCACCAAGUUAUCCGAGCCCAAAGAACGACAAUGGCACUCCUGAUAAUGUUAAAGAAAGUGACUUCAGCUCAGACAUAGAGAAAGCAAAAAGCAAACAGGAGUCAGGUGCAGUUGGUUUUGAUGAUUCGGAGUCAAAUUUGAAAAAAGAUAACGAUGAACAAAACAAAGAAACGUCGCCGAAAUCUGAUAAUUUGGGGAAAGAUGUUCAGAAAAUUCAGGAUGAAAAUCAAAAAGAAGACGAACCGGCUUCAAAAUCGGACAAGGACAUUCAACAGAAAGUAGAGCAGCUCAUCAUAAACACUGGUGAUGAAAGCCAAGAGGAAGCUGGAAAGCUUGUACAAACUGCAUCAAAAGAUGAAGGAACCGUUAAAUCUCCCGGAAAGGUUACUUCGACUGACGAUAACGACGCAGAAACAAAAGAAUCUAGCGAUGUUUCAGAAAAAUCCGAAGGGAAUAAUGAGAAAACUAAUGAAGAUAAGGAGAGGACGACUGAAAAAGUUCAAGACGAUAAUUCGGAAGAUAAGGCGGAUGUUGUGAAUACUCUCGUGGAAAGUGUUUCUGGCAAUGGGAACGCCAGGGGUGCGAGUGCGAAUGAAAUCAAAGAUCAAAACAAUGCAGCUUAUAACAUACAACAGGCUUUGGAAAAUCAACGUCAGAAGCCUAGCGCAGAAGGCAAGAAAAGCAACCUUCAAGGCCUGUUGAACGACCUCGUUCCGUCAGGAGUCUUGCCAAACCUGCCUGAAGGUUUUACAAAACUAUCAGAGAUGAGCACGGUCAGCUUUACUUACAAUGUUCAUGAAAACAAUGACGUCACCGUGACGUCGGAUAUCAAGGAACCAAUGAGAUUGUUUGAUGGUAAACUGGAGAUAAGCAGUGGAAAUUUGGAAUUCAGCUAUAACGACAAGGAACACGGAGGGCAGAAAUGGCAGUUCAAAGCUCAAGGAACUUGGGUGAAUGGCGAACAGGUAAUUGACGUGGUUUUGGAAAGUUCAAAACAUGAAGAUCACUUCACGUUGACGGGAAGGGGAGAUUCACUGGCAUUACACGACUAUUCCUCGAUAUUCGCCGAACAAAAAACCUUUAUUAAAUCUGAUAUGAACAUGCACAUUUUCGAGGAAAUUAUGCUGUCGAAUAUUGAGUUGUACGUCGUGUUCAAAGAUUUCGACAAUAUCGUCUCCCUGGUGUCAGGAGACGUGAGAAUCGAGAGUGGAGGCCAGGCGUCUCGGUGUCAAGCGUUCAUCGAAAAGUUCCCGAGGAAGAAACCAGUGUUCUCAAUAUUGUUAGACUUCGUAGAGGGUUCGCCGCACUCCGUACUGACUUCGUUGAUGGCCGACACGAUUGCGGAUAUCCCGUAUGUGAAGGAUUUGUUGAACAACAAGGGUCUUUUUAAGGUGGCCAACGGUGGAUUUGGAUUUGCUGCUUCGUCAGGGGACGUCAAGAAACUGAGAUUGAACGUUUUUGGAGAAGGAAUGCUCGAGAGAGAAUUAGGUUCACAUAUUUCCUCUGGAGUUACGCUAACAUUACCGGUGGAAUUUCAUACCCAGAACAGCAUCGUAAAUCACGAUACGAUUAUAAAAAUCUCGCCAGACACUAUCGGCUAUUUCCCGACGAAGGGCUCGGUCCUAGACUUGAAUACCAUUUUCAAAACGCUGUCUGAGUUCACGAGACCAAAAAUAACAGGGCUAGGAUACCCGGAUGUUGGUAAUGUCUUGUUAAGGGAGCUCCGAUACGACUUGAGCAAAUCAGUGUAUACUGUGUUGGGAUAUGCCAGCUCUCAGUUCAAUAUAGCACCAGGGAUGUUAUAUUUGGAUAACGCGAAUCUUGAGUUUAGGCAACAAGUCCCAGAUGAGUUUGCUACAUUGACUUUGUAUGGUACUGGCAGCACAAAAGUAGGACAAAGCAAGUUUGACCUUUCCAUACGUACAAACAUAGCCGCCAACGAAUUGCUAAUCGAGGGUCAUACACAUACGCUCUGGUCACCGGAUAUUUCAACGGCAUUUGGCGUUGCCGUGGAAAUCGGAGAUGACGCGAGACGGAUUCUGGACGACAACCGAAUGUUAAAUAUGAAUAUUGAAAAUACCCGUGUGUUUGCAACCGUGAAGGAUGGUCGUAGUGGGCUGGUGCACUUUUCCGGGUCCACACAGCCAGUCUCUUGGAACGACGCGAUUAAUGUUGAGGUCGUUGUCUUCCAUGAUAAUCAAGAAAAUAAAAGGAGAAUAACCAUAGGUUACUUGUUCAAUAAACUGCCUUUGACAUACGCCAUCGACGCAUUUAGUUUUGGCCAGUUCCCCACACCCAGACUGCUCGACAAUAGCCGUAACAUCUCGUUAGUCUUGUCUCCUGUCAACACCGAGUCCCUCUUUGUGAAUCCAAGUUUCAAUGGCUUAUCGUUCAUGCGAGGGCUGUCAUUGAUCGGCCAGUUUAGGCUGCCCGACGUGUGUAGUUUGAACAUCCUUUGUGAAUCGGCCGCGCAGUUGUUGGGGACGGAGAAAUGGUACCAAGUCCAAGGUCUCGUUUCGUCACGUGGGUAUACGCUUUCUGGAUACGUUGACAAGGAUUUCAAUUUGGCGAAGGACUUGAAACUUACUGAUAACAUCUUACAGUUCAACCUUGGGAAUUAUAGUUAUAUGAGCAUAUCAACAAAUAUGCGUUUGGAGAAGAACAACCUGACUUUUAGCGGAUAUGUUAAUUUUGACCCGAAUGGCGUCAGAUUGCGCAUGAGUAGUGACGACGUAUGGAGACAUCCAUUCCCUGGGGAGUUCCUCACUUUUGAUCGACUGCAGGUCGACGUCCCAUUGCUCAGCGGUGUGGCAAUAGACGAAAUUCUGGUAACUGGACUGCUAAACUUUGGCCUGAGUGGUAGUCUUUAUCGUAUCUAUGCACCGGCUUACUUGACUUUCACUCCAUCAAACCCAAAAGAUGUUGGUUUCCAAGCAACAAUGACGAAUAUUACCGUGGAGACCAUAACCAGUGCGCUGAAUUUCAAGUCCAGCCUGCCCGGAGUGUUGAUUAAAUCUCGUUUCCCGAGCUCCAUCGUUGCAAGGUACACACCCAAGAAAAAGAAGGACAAAAAUAUAGAUCUUUAUGGAAAACUGGACAUUCUAUCUCGAACUGUUGUCUGCAAAUUGCGCAUUGACGAGAAGAAACAGAUAACCGCAACUACAUCACAUUCGAAGUUCCCGCUGAUCUUAGACGACGGGCUCAUUACGGUGUACGCAGACCAGCACCGAACGCGGCUCGGUCCCCGCGCGUGGUUCAAGAUCACGCCAGAGAACACGAAGUUUAAACUUGAUGGGUUCACGAGUUUCAUGGGGCUUGGAGCCCAGACAGAGAUUGACGUGUCGGAGUCUGGAACCGAGUUCACUCUAAAUGGUAAUCUCUUUGGUGUGACGAAGACAGUUGUUUCGUUUAUGUCUCCGGAUAGCCUCCCGGAAAAUGGUCCCUAUCUUGCAUCGGCGUGCCUACCUGACAUAAUCCCACAAGUGACAUCACACGUCGGCCUCUUACUGGCCUCAGCCGCCGACCAAGCCGAACGCUAUAUGAAACAGGCAACGACUAACUACGACCAAGCCACGGCGUAUCACGAGCAAGCUCUUGCAGACGAACACAAGCAAAUAAUGAUGUUGGACGAAGGAGAGAACGAUAUUGAGUCAGAUGAUCGAGAGAUGUUCUUUGCGGAAGAGAAAUAUAACAAAACAUGCAGAGAACAACAGUGUGGAAAAACUUGCAUUGGCUGCACGUCGUGGCUGAAGUGCUGUGAUCACGAUGUGUUUGGUAACUGCGUCAAAUGUCCGGGUUGGAAGCCGUGCUGUUGGCGAGGCAUGAGCCCGAUAUGCAAAGCGAAGAACCACGCAUGUCGCAUUAUGAAGAAAGUUGCCGCUGAAAAUCUUCAAACGAUAGCGAGACGUGUGUAUGCAGAGAAGGAAAAGAAGAGAGCCCGUGAAAAGAUUCUUUGGAAAUCCGAAUUCAUGAAAGGAAAAACCCAAGCCGUUUUGGAUGCAGCACGUCGCGCGCUGCAUCUGGUUAACCAUGACUCCAGAGUCGGUCUGGGAGCUGCUGCCUCUAUCAAAAGAUUUGGAUUGGAACGCUUGGUCAAUAUAAGGAGUAUAUGCUUCCAUACCACGCUCAAAACGCUGGCUACGAGCUGCGUGACGAUGAGAAUCAACACUUCCUUUGCCAACAAAGAUGAAAUGCAAAGCAUACCAUAUUAUGGGUGCCUGAACAGAGAGCUUGUACCCAAAUUGGCCAACCACAUCGCUCACUUCAUGUUCCACGACAAAAAGAAGGACGAAGGUCCUUCGAAAGAGAGAGUGACUAACAAGCCCAGACCAGGUCAUCGUAGAAGUGGUCAACUCUUUGGAAAACCUUUGGAGGACGAUGAACAGGUAGACUUGACCACGUUAUCACCUGUAAACACAUUCAUGAGAAGACGACGAGAUUAUGAUUUGGAGGAGGAAGAUGAGGAAAAUCGACCCUUCUGGUUGAUCCGAAAUAACUAUCAAACUCAUGCUCCAUCUUUGCUUCAACAACGCACCACUGUGCCCAGAACCCCUCUCAAGAAGAAAUGGCAAAUACCAGCGACAAGAAAGGGAAAAUGUAAAGUGUACCGUCAGCUGGUGGAGAUAUGCAAAGAUAUGAUGUCAACCGUCAAGAAAAUGUCGGCGUCAUAUGAUGACGGCAAGGACCAGUAUUACAAGAGGUUGGCUGAACUUCAAUUGGGAAUAAACACCACAAUAUAUGAUCUUGAAAAACAAGUCAUGGACACUCCGGAACUGCGAGAUCGCCUGGCAGACAUUGAGAUGAACAUUCGAACGGUUGGCGCAGGCGUUUCACAGUGGAGGAUGAACUGCGAGGCAGAUCAAGAAGACCAGAACAAAAUAGCCAUACAAGAAUGGGUUUCAACGAUGGAGGGAAGAAUAAGAAAACUUGGUGGACAAGGCGUCGAUAGAUUCCUCUCGAAUCUCUUCCGAGCAUUUGAAGGGAUGUUUCUCGGGGCAGACACACCCAAGCAUAGCGCACAGAAAGUACUCAGCACCUUACAAGCAAUACGAGAAAUAUCUGCGACAUUCCAUGACAUCUUCGGGAACAAUGAGAUCACCUUGGAGAAAGCAAAAAGUCGAGCAGAAAUUGUAAUGACGAAAUUAAAACAGAUCAAGGACGCACAGAUAUUUUGCGAUGACUAAAUAAUGGCCGCCAUAACAUUUUUGUAAGAUAUAAGCAUGAUCAAUCAUCAGCCGCACUUCCUUGGAACAAAAGCAACUAGCAAGUUAUUCAAAAACUUUUAGGAGAGAAACUUUUAAAAGUGCCACAACUGGAAGGUGUCCAAUUCCCUUUCAGGAUCGUACAUUACUAAUAAAGGAAUAAAGAGUAUUGCAAUUCAGCCACUGUGCAAAGGGGAAGCUUAUCGAGUAAUCUGGCGAAGCCAACUUAAUCUAAUAUUAUGUUCAUAUGUACGAGUUCAAAAAUGAUAAA